AUGGAGGAUCUCAGGGGCUUCGCCACGGAGACCUUGGAAGACUUCAGCCAGGGGAUGCCAGGGACUCGCCAGCCUGCUCUGGUGGGCUCUCGCUUCUCCCUGGCCCACUGCCUCUCCCAGAACCCCAUGCUGGGAUGCUACCCGGGGUCCUUCGCCAGCCCAGCCGAACUGCCUGCCUACCCCCAGGAGAGCUUCAGGAAUGGGGAGUGGUAUGCCUCCAGCCCCCCAGAAGGGCCCUACUCUUCAAUCUGCAGGUUUAUGGGCACCCCUGGCUUCAGCAUGUCCGGAGGAGACUGUAUGGGCUACUUUGGAGAGCUGGCCAAACAGCCCCCCUUCUCUGCGGGGAACCCCUCCAAGCGCAAACGCCGAGUGCUUUUCUCCCGAACUCAAGUCCAGGAGCUGGAGAAGAGGUUUGAGAUGCAGAAAUACCUGACGGCCCCGGAACGUGAACACCUGGCCACCGUGACCCGCCUCACUCCCAACCAGGUGAAGAUCUGGUUCCAGAACCACCGCUACAAGCUGAAGAAGCUGCGGGGGCAGCCGACGGAGGUUAAGGUGGGCCUGCAGCAGGAGGCACCCCCGCCGUGUGACAGUAGCACCGUGGCCCACCCCGGGGGCUACCCGUUCCACCAGACAUCCGUGGAGGAGAAGCUCCUCCUGCGACACCUGUCUCCCAGCUCCAGCUCCACUGCCGAUUCCCAGCCUGGCCUCGAAACGCCCGAAAGCGACUUUCUCUUUGGCAAACCGUGGUAG